GUCUUGCAGAGAGCGAGCCUGUAUAACGGAACUUCCUCCUCCCUUCCAUUGCAGUUCCCUCCCGCUUCCUCCCUUCUUUUCCCUCUCCUCCCUCCUUCUCUUCUACAUCGGUCCACCCCCUCACUUGCGCACGCCUAUACAGGACAGGAGAGGGAGGCCUGCCCCUGUCUGCUCUCCAUAUGGGGAACUGCGUCAGCGCCAUAGAUGCCUUCGUCCAAGGGGGCAACAGGGCAGCGUCGUCCGCUCCUGGAAUAUCUGCAUCGAGGAGGACUAGUAGUUCCACCACCACCGGGAAGUUGUCAACAAUCAGUACGAGCACCUUCAUGCCAUCAACAGUCAGUGGUGUUAGCACCGAUGAUGAUUAUCCAGAGGGCCAGAUUCUUGAGUCUCCAAAUCUCAGAAUCUUCACCUUUGUGGAACUGAAGAAUGCCACCAAGAAUUUCAAGCCUGAGACAGUUCUUGGGGAGGGUGGAUUCGGGAAGGUUUACAAGGGAUGGGUCGAUGAGAAGACCAUGAAUCCAUCAAAAAGUGGUGUCGGCGUGGUGGUUGCUGUCAAGAAGCUCAAUCCCGAGAGCGUGCAGGGAAUGGAGCAAUGGCAGUCUGAAGUGAAUUUCCUUGGGAGGAUUUCGCACCCCAAUCUUGUGAAACUCUUGGGCUAUUGCAUGGAUGACAACGAGCUACUACUCGUCUACGAGUUCAUGGCAAAGGGGAGCUUGGAGAACCACCUGUUCCGAAGAGGGGCAGUUUGCGAGCCACUGCCUUGGAGCCUCAGGCUGAAGAUUCUCAUUGGUGCAGCUCGUGGCCUCGCCUUCCUUCAUUCCUCAGAAAGACAUAUCAUCUACAGGGACUUCAAGGCUUCCAACAUCUUAUUAGAUUCGAACUUCAAUGCAAAGCUCUCAGAUUUCGGAUUGGCCAAGCAUGGUCCAGAUGGUGGAGAGUCUCAUGUGACAACAAGAGUCAUGGGAACCUAUGGCUAUGCAGCUCCAGAGUAUGUUUCUACCGGUCACCUGUAUGUGAAGAGUGAUGUGUAUGGCUUCGGCGUUGUGCUGCUGGAGAUGCUCUCUGGCCUGAGGGCGCUGGAUCGGAGCCGCCCCAGCGAGAAGCUGAACUUGGUGAACUGGGCAAAGCCAUUACUGGCUGACCGGAGGAAGCUGAACCAACUGAUGGACAGUCGGCUUGAGGGGCAGUACCAUUCGAAAGGAGCCCUCCAAGCUGCUCAGCUCACUCUCAAGUGCCUGAACGGUGACCCCAAGAGCCGUCCGUCGAUGAAGGAAGUUGUGGAGACGCUGGACCAGAUCGAGUCGAUGAAGAGCAGGACGAGGGAGCCCAGGAACAGCUCCUCGCUGGCGCGCGGGCAGGGGCAUUCACCGAGGAGUGACAGGGCUGGGAAGAACUCCAGGGGCAGGUAGAUGAUCAUGAGGGUACAAUAUAUAGGAUGGACUGAUUCUGAUGUGGAGAUUGUAAAGUUAGACCACAAUUUUUGUUGUCAUGACGCAGUUUGUUCCGAUCAUGAUGAUCAAUGUAACAGUACAUCGAUAUAUAUACGAUGACUUGGUAGUCCGUUGGCAUAUGCAUAUAAAUUCAGUCAUUUUUUUCCA